AUGAAGUUUGGGGGGAAGGGGAUGAUCCAGCUGAUGGUACUGCUGUACAAUUGGGUGUGGAAAAACGAGUAUACGCCAAGUAGAUGGAGGGAAGGAGUGGUUGUGAACUUGUUCAAGAAAGGAGACAAGACUGACCCAGGAAACUACAGGGGGAUCACACUGUUGAACACAGUAGGAAAAGUGUUCUGUAAGCUGCUGAACGAUAGGAUAGUGGGAGUAUUGGAGAAGGAACAUAGCAUUAGUGAGGGCCAGGCAGGUUUCCGCAAGAAGAGGGGGUGCGUAGACCACGUGUUCCCAGUAGGGAGAAUCAUUCAAGGUUUCCGAAAGAAGAGGGGGUGCGUAGACCACGUGUUCACGGUAGGGAGAAUCAUCCAAGGUAGAAAGAGGGCGGGAAAGCCGACGUACUGCUUCUUCCUGGACGUGAAAAAGGCAUACGACACAGUAGUCAUGGUGUGCAACAAGAGCAAGGAGGAACCAGUAGAACAUAGAUGGAAGUGGGGGAUGGAGGAGAUUGCAGUAGUGGACCAGUACACAUACCUCGGAGUAGAGAUCGCAAAAGACUGCUCGUGGAAUGCACACAUGUCCAAGGUAGCGGAAAAGGGCAAAUCACGAGCAGGGAAGCUGCACCCAAUACUCGCAAACCGGCACCUCGAUACACGCAUCAAAUUGACGGUUUUAAAGAGCGUAAUCGUACCGCCGCUAGAGUACGCCGGAGAAGUAUGGGAAGCAAAUAAGGAGAGGGCGUAUGGAAGGGGCUCGACAUCGACGAAGAUGAAACGCUGGAAACGGAGGGUCCAGGGAAUCAAGAAGAUAUCUGUUGCUUGUACCGAGAGAGAAGAACAGAAUCUAAGGAACGAAUCCAAGGAUAAGGCAGGUCUAGAAGUGUACGGAAUGUUGAAGGAAGGAAUAGGGUUCAGGGACUACCUACAUGGACCAAUGGAUGCAGGAACAAAGCUUGAGGUCAAAUUCAGGACCGGGGACACAGGCCUUCGAGAACGUCGACGGAGACACACGACGGUAGACAACGCUGACGACGAGUUCAAUUUAAUGUGAUUGCGGCUUCGAAUGCGAAGACCGUGUCAAUGUAGUCGCGGAAUGUCCGUGGUACAAGAAAG